CUCAGAGGAUACCCCAUUACACGGAAGAGAUCAGGAUGUCUACCGGUGGACUUGUCGUCUUCGGUCUGGUGGUCAAAGCAUUUUAUGACGUCUGGAGUGUGCAAGAGGCGGGUGUGGCGUCGCAGGUGGCGUGUGCGGCUCGUUGCAGUCAACACGAUGCCUGUGGAGGAUUCCAGUGGAACUCUUCUUCAUGUUUCCUGGUGGUGGACUCUUCGGUGCCUGGCGCCGUGAAGGGCCCGAUGACGAACGUGUUCAGACUCAACUCGUACAAGACGAACUACAUCCUGUACGAAUUACCUCCUCCGCCAGGUGGCAUCAGUCCAACGGUCGCGUUUGAAACCUGUCGGAACAACAGCAUGGAUCUGGUACCAAACCCCGUCACCCCAAAAGACAGGGCGAGUUUGUCCAUCCGCCUGACGGCAGGCUUCUACGUAGACAUGAUACGUGCCAGCAACGGCUCGUACGUGACUCGGAGCUCCGGAGUUGUGGUGCCUGACACGGCCAUCUUCGGCUGGCUGGCUGGCGAACCUAAUGGCGCCGGCCAGCAAUGCAUGGCAAUUGGCGGCUAUCUUUCCUUGUACUUCGACUGUCUCUGCAGUUAUAAAGAUAUCUACGCAGGGGUCAUUUGCGUCUACAGUGCAUUGCAUUAAAACACGCAUUUUGUUUGAAUAAGUCGGGCAAAGCUGUCUUUGCUUAAGGUUUGCUAGAAUUUAUGACAUCAUUAGAUUGACUAUAUAAAUUAAAAAGUUAUAUUUGCGUGAAAUUUUUACAUGGACUUUUCUCUGUAUUUCGCUUCAGUCGAUUGUUCGCUCAUUUUCGAACGAUUGAUCGUUGUUACACGAUUCAGCUUUUGUUUUGCAAUGACCGCGCUUGUAGAUUUGUAUGUGGACUGUAUUUUUUAUUCAAUUUUUAGUUCUAAACUUCGCACCUAGGUUCUUUUCCAGAUAUUUCUAAGUGAUUACUGUUAAUAAAUGCGUUUGGUACUUCUUUCUAUCCGAAAAGUUACUAGACGAAAAGUUUUUCCUGAUUAGCGGAAAAAAUCGGCACAAUUUUCAAAUUCUAGUAUAAUACUGGAAAAUCCUGACGGGGCGUCUCGGAAAAAAAUAAUAAACUUUCUCGGAAUGAACAUCAUUUUGAACGAGAACUAUAGGCACAAAACGAGAAUUACCAUUUAAUUUUGAUGUUUAGUUACUGAAUUUUGCCAGACAUUUUGUCAUUUCGUCAGUCUUCAAUAUUUCAAGUACUUCACUACGUAAAAUGAUAUCCCUAAUGUCCAUCAUGCAUAUGCGAAUGUAUAGGCAUAUCUGAAAGGAGAAAGCCCGUCUACAUUCUCCGACGAGGCCGACGCAUAAGGGCCGAAGAAGAGGCCGGCGCUCCCGAAGGCUGAGCGCCCAAGCAAGAGCCAGCAGGACCAUUACUUCGAUUAUCGUUAUUCCAUAUAUUAUUUCUAUUAUGUUAUUAUAU